GUGAGAGCGCUUACAAACACGUCUACUCGCGGCGAAGCAUAAAUGCUAACUAAACUAUAGGUCUAGACAUUAUAUACUAAUUUAUUAUUGGUAUCAGCAAAGGUAUAAGUAAGUCUUUUAUUCGAUGGACUGUGAAUUAAUUUUCACGAAAUGGUUUCUUUCCUUUUAUCGUUGUGUAUAAUUUCAACUUUUAAUUAACAACAAACCCUCUCAUUUUUUCGAUUUUAACGUUAAAACAAUGCCAACACCAAACUGUCAACUUUUUCUGAUUACAUCUCCAUUUUAUUCGCGUUUAAAGUUUUGUGAAGGUGACAAAUAUUGAAGAAACCAUGGCAGGCGCAACACACUUCCACUAUACGAACUCUGAUCGCUUUUGGAAGGAAAUUUGCUGAUGGCUAUGCAAUUUGAUUGAGCAUUAUUGUCUUUUUCCUGUGUUUAAGGUGACGGUUGACAGUUUCUUUAUAGACAAUUAGGGAUGGUUUUAGCAUUGUACAAUUGUGGUAUAAUUGUUAUUUGUAGGAUAUUAUGGGACUGCCUUAAAAAUGCAACCCAAACUUAAAUAUAAUCGAGAGGUUAACCGCACCCCAAAAUUGUGUACACAAUCCUUCUAAAUACGUGUAAAACCCGAUUUUGCUGAACUAAUACCUACUAAUACCCACUAUAACACCAAAUACACAUAUUAAAACCCACAAAUACCCACUACUACCUCUGGUUAAAUUCCACAUUUCCUAGUUAUAGAAAUUAAGUGAUUCAUCAAAAAUAAAAAAGAAAAUGCGCAAAACCAAAUUUUGAUUUUUAGAUUUUCUUUUAUUCGAAGUACCUACGUAACCAAUAUCAUUUAAAUACCCUCAUAAAUAAAAAAGUUUGCAAUUAGGUUCAUAAAUGUAUUUAAAAUGUUCUCGGGCGAGGGUGGUAAAUAUUUUUCAGAAGAACAGGGCGUUCCGCUAUUGCGAUAAGUGAUAAUCGAGGUGACAAAGAGAUUAAUACGAUAUUUUUAGAUCUUCACGAGGGUAUUCACUUUCGAAUUCUACCAUAGCCAGUCUAUUGGACUCUCGCUCGUACGAAUCUGGAUGAUGAUGGCGGAUGAAUCAGAGAAGAAAUGUACACGACGUAAAUGUGUUCUAAAUAGCACUCGCCUGUUACAAUAAAUUAAUUCAGGUGGUAACAACUGAUCAUAGUAGAGUAAUGAGGGGAUUAUAUAAGUUUCAGUUGCAUUAUCUGCCAAUUGUUACUUGCGGAUGGUUCAUCUUAACAGUCGCUGUUACGUACUUGAUUUCUGUGUUAAAUGGUCAUGUGUACCCUCUCGUUCCUUAUAUUAGUGAUACGGGUACGAAACCGUAUGAAAGUUGUGUAUUUGGACAAAUGCUGAAUAUUGGUGCCCUUUUGUUGGGCGUCAACAACUAUAUAAGAUACCGCCAAGUUGAUUUAGCAAUACAAUCGAAAAAUGUUAAUUUAAAGGAAAAAUGGAAUACAGUCGCGUUAUGGUUGGGAAUGAUAAUAUCUCUUGGCAUAAGUAUAGUAGCCAAUUUUCAACAGAAGCCCCUAUUUGCCAUACACAUGGUCGGGGCAUUGAUGUCGUUUGGGUUUUCAACAAUUUACUUCAUCAUUCAAGCAAGGAUUUCCUUCGCAUUCCGUCAUUUGCACAAGAAGUACCCAAAGUACACAGUAGGCAGCUGCAUAAUUUAUUUCAGAAUCGUAUUAUGUGCGUGCUACACGAUUUUAUUCUUCAUGGUAUUUUCAUUCUCUCCUAUGGCUUUUAAACAAUUUAAAGGAGAUGAUCUUUUGUACUGGACUCCUGAGGACGGAGGAUUUGGUUAUCAUAUAACCGCAACGUUGUCCGAAUGGGGACUAUUGUGCAUCAUGAUUGUUUUUGUAUUUACGGGAAGCGCUGAAUUUAAAACGAUUGGAUUUCAUGAAAUUUCUUUCAGAAGUAAAUUAUUCGACAUGACAAUGGAUACUUAGGGAUAGAGAUUUGACACUUUUCGUACAUUUUCUGUGUGCAAUAAAUCGCUACCUU